GGUUGCCGUAGCGGAGCCCCCUGGCUGUGUGUGGCUGAGGCUUCGGCGCCGGAGCCGCCGUCGGUUCGCUGAACGCAUUAGUGCGCCCGCCGCCGCCAUGUCUCGCUACCUGCAUCCCCCAAACACGUCUCUGUUCGUCAGGAACGUGGCCAACGACACCAGGUCUGAAGAUUUACGGCGUGAAUUUGGUCGUUAUGGUCCUAUAGUUGAUGUGUAUGUUCCACCUGAUUUCUACACUCGCCGUCCAAGAGGAUUUGCUUAUGUUCAAUUUGAGGAUGUUCGUGAUGCUGAAGAUGCUUUACGUAAUUUGGACAGAAAGUGGAUCUGUGGACGGCAGAUGGAAAUACAGUUUGCCCAGGGGGAUCGGAAGACACCAAAUCAGAUGAAAGCCAAGGAAGGGAGGAAUGUGUACAGUUCUUCACGCUAUGAUGAUUAUGACGGAUACAGAUGUUCAAGAAGCCGAAGUUACGAAAGAAGGAGAUCAAGAAGUCGGUCUUUUGAUUACAACUAUAGAAGAUCGUAUAGUCCUAGAAGCAGGAGACCGACUGGAAGGCCACGGCGGAGCAGAAGCCAUUCCGACAAUGAUAGAUUCAAACACCGAAAUCGAUCUUUUUCAAGAUCUAAAUCCAGUUCAAGAUCACGGUCCAAGUCCCAGCCCAAGAAAGAAAUGAAGGCUAAAUCACGUCCUGGGUCUGCAUCUCACACCAAAACUAGAGGCACCUCUAAAACAGAUUCCAAAACACAUUAUAAGUCUGGCUCAAGAUAUGAAAAGGAAUCAAGGAAAAAAGAACCACCGAGAUCCAAAUCUCAGUCAAGAUCACAGUCUAGGUCUAGGUCAAAAUCUAGAUCAAGGUCUUGGACUAGUCCUAAGUCCAGUGGUCACUGAUAGUAUAAACCAUGGUCAUUUUUAGGCAUGUAUCAUUUACUCAUAGUUUGGUUUACUUAAAUUAUCAGAAAUACAAUGUUGCAAUGAUGCUUAAAAAAUGCUUGUUAGUUUUCCCUGUACCAGGCAAUGGUUGUGAUUAAAAUGAUAUGCUGUUGAGAAGCCACUCUUAAGAGUCCAGUUUGUUUAAUGUUAUGGGCAGCUACCAAUUUGUGGUGUCUCUGUAUAUUUUUGUAAAGAUUCUCAUUUUUUUAUGCUUGAAGUAUUUGGUGAAAAGAUGUUGGUUGACCAUAAUUUGCAACAUUGUCUCAUUAAAAAUAAACUUUCAUAUUCAUAUUUGGUAGAACUGUUAACCUAGAAAUGUAGCUUGCUAAUAGGAUAGAAUGAUACAAAAGUGAAGUAGUAGCCACAGUACAGCACUGACUGCUCAGACACACCUAGGUUCAGGAUGGGCCUUUAUGUCUUGUCAAAAUGUCUAGGCCCGGCCAGGCGCGGUGGCUCACGCCUGUAAUCCCAGCACUUUGGGAGGCCAAGGCGAGUGGGUCAUGAGGUCAGGCAUUCCAGACCAGCCUGACCAACAGGAUGAAACCCCCUCUACUGAAAAUACAAAAUUAGUUGGGCCUGGUGGUGCACACUUGUAAUCCCAGCUACUUGGGAGGCUGAAGCAGGGGAAUUGCUGGAACUUGGGAGGUGACAGUUGCAGUCACUGCACUCUAGCCUGGGUGACAGAGUGAGACUUCGUCUCAAAAAAAAAAAAAAAAAAGUCUAGGCCCAUGAUAAUUACUUAUGAUAGUAGAUUAGUUCUUUUGUUAACCCCACUGUCUUGGGGAAUGAUGCCAGCUGGGUUAGGUAGUAUUUUCAGGGAGAUUGAGUUUUUGACUGAAACAUGGAGGCUUCACUGCUUUUUUUCUGGUUCCUGGGAAGAUUUGGAACAUAGAAAACACAAAAGCUUAUCUUAAAAUUGGAUCAGGUCGAUGAUGGCAAAAAUAAUUUUAAGGAGAAAGGAAUAUUCUUACGUAGUUAUUCUAAAGUUUAAGGAGCGUUGUUGACCAUAAUAAUAUUGCUUAGUUUUCUUACUGCUGUUAGAAGGGAGUAAAUUGUUUCAAAGUAGGUUUUGUGUGUGCGUGUGCAUAGCGUAAAAGAACUGAAUUUUUUUGAUGCUUAGAGCACUUGGCCUGUGCAUUUGUAUCAAAAUUUGCCUGCCUCUUUAUGAGCGAGGCCUGCUUUUCACACCUCAGUUUAUUUAAUAUGAGGCAAGUUGAAAGACUCAUUCUGGGCGAUUCUGUGGUGCCAUGAAAUUUAAAAUAAUUUUGGAAAAAGGAUUAGUCAGUUUUAAGCAAGAGUCACAUCUGAGUUUUUGAUUAUCAGUGUAGUACCUGACUAAAAAUGAAGUAAUAAUCUUAAGCAUUUAUAAUUUCUAGUAUUUUUCUGAAAGAUCGUUUUGGGGACAAAAGUGACUUGACAUGUCCAAC